UAGUGAGUUGUUAUAAAAUGAAAAAAGUAGUAUAAAUGAACAUGGGCAAAAAGCACUAUCAUUCAUCCUUUCCUCUUCACACUUUUGCUAUUAUUGGCCAUUGUUAAUAUAGCCAUGGCAGCAACUUGUGAUAAGGGAUUUGCAGAUAGUUAUAUGAUAUUAAAUCCAGAAGAUGCUCAUUUCUUUGAUAUUUUUCAUAUUUUAUUUUCCCGUAAUAUUGGGCAUAGAAAAUUUGUGGACAGUAAUGCUGAGGGAGAUGUUGAGGGAAGUUUCAGAGGUAGAUGGCUUAUAUUUAUCUCUAUUGUUCUACAGAAGUUGUUGCUCUUCAUUGCUAAACCACUUGCUAAGUUAGGAUCUUGUGUUGAGAUGUUGAUUAAUCUCAUUCCUCUUAAUGGAGGCAUCAUUGCGAUCAUAAUCAACUUUUUCUCUGGUCAUUUGGAAAUCCCAGAUCCUAAAUCACACAGAUAUGUGUCUUUCAUUGGAAAUUUGGAUACAAGAGUUAAAUGUGACAUUCUCAAACGUGAAGACAACAAAUAUUAUGUUUCUCUUGCUAUGAUGGCUUCAAAAGCAAGCUAUGAAAACGAAGCUUACCUUAGAUCAACAAUCGCACAUGAAUGGAAGAUGGAAUUUGUGGGAUUUUUCGAUUGCUGGAAUGAAUACCAAGGAAAGGCUACAACCCAAGUCUUAAUAUUGUUGGACAAAUCUAAGGACCGGGACACUUAUGUGGUGGCUUUUAGAGGAACAGAACCCUUUGAUGCAGAUGCAUGGUGCACAGAUCUUGACAUAUCUUGGUAUGGUAUUCCUGGUGUUGGAAAAGUUCAUGGUGGAUUCAUGAAAGCUUUAGGAUUACAAAAGAAUAUAGGUUGGCCUAAAGAGAUUGAAAGAGAUGAAAAACUUGCUCCACUAGCUUAUUAUGUUAUUAGAGACAUACUAAGAAAAUGUUUGAGUGAAAACCCUAAUGCAAAGUUCAUACUUACGGGUCAUAGUUUGGGGGGAGCAUUGGCAAUACUAUUUCCAACAAUCAUGUUCUUGCAUGAUGAGAAAUUGUUGAUUGAGAGGUUGGAAGGGAUUUAUACAUUUGGACAACCGAGAGUUGGAGAUGAAAAAUUUGCACAAUAUAUGAGAGAGAAAAUGAAGGAAAAUUGUGUGAGGUAUUGUAGAUUUGUUUAUUGCAAUGACAUUGUUCCAAGGUUGCCUUAUGAUGAUAAGGAUAUGUUGUUCAAGCACUUUGGGAUUUGUCUUUUCUUUAAUAGGCGAUAUGAACUCGAGAUUCUUGAAGAAGAACCAAACAAGAACUAUUUCUCACCUUGGUGUGUUAUACCUAUGGUAUACAAUGCCAUAUUGGAGCUUAUAAGAAGCUUUACCAUUGCUUAUAGAAAUGGACCUCAUUAUAGAGAAGGAUGGUUUCUCUUCUUUUUUAGGAUGGUUGGUUUACUCAUUCCUGGAGUACCUGCUCAUGGUCCUCAAGAUUACAUUAAUUCCACUCUUCUUGGAUCAAUUGAAAAGCAUUUUAAAGAAGAUUAAUGCAUAAAUAUGUAUUAAUAGUUAAUAUGGUCGGGCAUGUUGAUUUGAUGCAUCAAUUUGAAUUAAUGAUGCCAAUGCAAAGUCGUUUAUUUUAGAGUUAUGUAGACACCAAGAGUACUAUAGAGUGUAUGGUUGCUCUCUUACUUGCACUGUGUUUAUGUACCAUUAAAGUCAACUGUGGAAUUUUAGUUGUUAUAGGCAAGCAUUGGCCCCCUAAAUAUUGAGAAAAUUAUAUAUUGUGUUAUUGUGUGUAAAAAUCAAAUUGCGUAUGUAUGUUGUUGUUUACCCAUAUAUAAGCGAAUUAACUCUCGCUUCUUGACAGUAUCGUAGUAUCUUUCACAACAAAACAUUGACAACCAUUUUUUCUCUUCUUCUUCGUCA